AGUUGCUUACAACUGUGUGAACUCAGCGGAACUUCCUUUUGAGGGAGAUUCAAUGUACAAUCGCCAUUACAUCACAAACAGCAUAAAACCCCUACAUCCCUGCAUUAAUGUGGCCAUUUCGAUUUCAAUAAAAGAACGAAUGAAAAACGACGAGGUCAGAAGUAUUGGAAAACGAUUUCGUUCAUCCUGGAUAUGACAAUUCACAAAUUUGUAACCAAGGAACCCAAGCCUUAGAGUCGCUUUCCAUUCUUUAAAAUCACAUUUAUCUCCGACAUUAUGCGUGGCAAACCAAGUUAUGACAAUACCAAUGAAAAGUGGCCAUUUUAAAUAAAGAGAUGUGCAUUUGUUUUCUUUUGUCUGACGCAUGCGUGCUCCCAACGAUGUAAUUACGCUACUACGUUGUAACAUUAAACCCAGCCAAUGUAUCACUAAGACAUAAAAUGAGAAAUUCAACUCAAAAGCUAGAAAACAAAAAUAAUAAAAGCGAAAAUUUUAAAAUUAAAGUUGUAAAGAAAAUAAUCACGUUAUAAAAUAUAACAACUAAAACAACGACAAUAAUAACGCUAACAAUAGAAAAGGAAACAGGAAAUCCAUCUCUAUAUUUUAUUUGUGUUUCUGUACAUAUUUCAAAAACACUAACCAGCGCCACCUACCAAUAAUAAACAACUAAAAGCAAAAAGAAUGACGAAAAUGUAAAAAAAAAAGAGACUAAUAAGAGAAAAAAAAACGAUAAAAAGCAAAUCUGAAUAUUUUGCUUUAUUGAUUUUUGUUUGUUUUCCAAUAUUAUUUUAUAUGUUUUUUUUUCUUUUUUUAAUUUUAUUUAUCUUCAAUUUAAUCGAAGAAAAUAACUUAAAUUCAAAAUUUUAAAAUACCCUAAACAAAUCAUAUCGAUUUAAAUCAAACGAAAGGAGCGAGAGAGAGUGAGAAGGAGAAAGUCAAAGAGAGAGAGAGAGCGAGAGAGAGAGCGAGAGAGAGAGCGAGAGAGAGAAAGAGAGGGAGAAAGAGUAAAUAUUAGAGAGAUUGUAAAAGAAAGAGAAACAGAGAGAAUCGGAAAGGUGAUAAAAUUUAAAUAGAAAUAUAUAUAAAAUGUACAUAAAACGUAAAAUGAAGACGAGUUAAACGUGUGUGUAUGUAUAUGUAUAUAUAUAUAUAAAUAUAUAAAUAUAUACAUAUACGGGUAUCUAUACAUAUUCACAUAUAUAUAUAUAUCCACUCAUGUAUAUAUUUGAAUAUAUGUCAAGAGAAAGUCAGAAAGAGAAACUUUAAACGGAACGAAAUGUGGAAGGAAAAAAAUGAUUUUUGGUUUAAAAGAAAGGAAAAAGGAUAAAUAACCCCGUUUUUCUUUUCUCUUCUUGUUAUUAUCAUCAUCAUCAUCAUCAUCAUCAUCAUCAUCAUCAUUAUUAUUAUUAUUAUUAUUAUUAUCAUUGUCUUUAAUAUUGCCUGUUUGUUUUUUUGUUGUUUUUGUUGUUUUUUUUUUCUCCUUCGUAGCCUUCCUUUAAUUACGCAUCUUAAGGAUACUCACCUAUUGUACGAAUACACACAUGCAAAAGAAAAAAAAAAGCAGACAAACAAAAAAAAGAACCCCUUCAUAUGAAUUUGAGGCUGUUUCACGUCACGCGUGAUCGCACAACAGAAAUUUCUCUCCGUAUUUAAAAAAAAAAAACAACCCCAUCACCAUCUUCUGUAUUCCAGAACGAUGUAACAUCAUUUUGAAGAUACUAAGAAAUAGAUACAUAUACUGCGGUACACAGACAUAUAUAUACACAUAUAUAUAAUUAUAUUUAUAUAAGUUUAUUAUUGUACAGUAACGUUAUAUAUUUUCAUAUAUAGUGACAAACCGUUACACACAUACACCCGCAGCCAUAUAUUUUUGUUUAUUUAUGUACUGGUGAGGUUUCAUUGUUCUUUUCCUCUUCGUUUCGUUGUUCUGCCUUAUCUGUAUAUACAAAAUAUUAUAGACACAUUAUAUAUAAAUUUAUGCCUUAGUGUGGCAUGUGCAUAUAUACACACAUAUAAACAGAAAAGAAGACAAACACAUGCAUUCAUAGGAGAAUCUUAUAAACGAACAAAUACACCCACACAUACGAACUUAUAUAUAUAUAUAUAUAUAUAUAUAUAUAUAUAUAUAUAUAUACGGAUCGCUGUGCGUUCUGAAAUUUUUUUAACGUUGUGAACCUCAAAGAUGUCUGUUGAAAUCAGUCAAGAAGACCACAGAAUGGUUGUUCAUAAUACUACAUACAGCUACCACACCGAUAAUUCGACAAUAUACUAUUUCAUGGACAACACGUCAUUCCUGUACCCAAAUCUUUCUCACUUGCCAUUCGCACCCGACGAAUAUGAGAGUCUAUCGAUCUCAACCAAUUCUGUGCCGUCACUUCGACCUCAAUUUUACAGCGUCGAACAUGCCAUAUCGACAUCCAUUAUACUGGGACUUCUCAUUUUAGCCACAAUUAUCGGUAAUGUGUUUGUCAUUGCUGCGGUGUUACUGGAGAAAAAUUUACACAAUGUUGGCAACUAUUUAAUCAUAUCGUUGGCGGUGGCUGACCUGAUGGUCGCAUCACUAGUCAUGCCUCUCAGUGCUGUUAGUGAAAUCAGUAAAAUAUGGUUUCUGCAAAAAGAGGUAUGUGAUAUGUGGACCUCCUUCGACGUACUCUGUUGUACGGCUUCGAUCCUUCAUCUGGUAGCGAUUGCGAUGGAUCGUUACUGGGCUGUGACCAAUAUAGAAUACAUACGAAACCGGACGCAAAAACGGAUUAUUAUCAUGAUUGUCCUUGUAUGGACAGUGGCCAUGUUUAUUUCGAUUCCACCGCUGUUCGGCUGGAAGGAGAUGCAAGACGAACCCGAUAUUCCGGAACUUUGCAUAAUCAGUCAAGAUCUAGGUUAUACCGUCUUCUCAACAGUUGGAGCCUUUUAUUUACCCAUGUUUAUCAUGAUGUUCAUUUAUUUACGUAUAUUCAUGGUGGCACGAUCGAGAAUCCGUAAGGAAAAAUUCGGCAAAAAGAAAACACCGAAAACAGACAGCAAAGAUCACACGACGGUGAGUUUGUUAUCGAAGCUGAAAGACGCCAAGAAACACUCUAGCCAGGAAUCAAGCCCCGAAAAAGACGUCCAGCAGCAACAGAACAAUCACGUACACCAGCACGAGCAACAACAGCAGCUGCCGUUAGUCGAAGGAGAUGGCAACCUGUCAACGAUCAAAGUGAAAAAUGGUCACGUGGACGAAGCUCACACGGUGAUGCUUCCAGUUGUCGAUCAAGCAGAAGCCGUCAGGCGAGAGAAAUUGAAAAACAAGGAGAAGUUAGAAAUCAAACGGGAGCGAAAAGCAGCGAGGACUUUGGCCAUAGUAACAGGGGCGUUUAUUGUGUGCUGGCUUCCAUUCUUUAUUAUUGCCUUGGUUCGUCCUUUCUUCAUGGAUGCGAUGGAGGUACCAAAGGUAGUGAUGAGUAUUGUGUUGUGGUUGGGUUACAUGAACAGCUUACUUAAUCCGGUCAUUUAUACCAUUUUCAGCCCCGAUUUCCGGAACGCAUUUCAAAAAAUCUUAUUCGGAAAAUAUCGACGGAAUAAACCUAGAAAGAAUUUCUACUGAAAAAAAGAUCAAACAAAAAGAAAAAAGAAACAUACAUUUUUUUUUUUUUUUCGUUUUUCAAAAUAUUGUCUGUUUUCAUACUUUCCGUCUGUCCGUUUGUCUGUCUUUAUUUCUUUCAGUGCUUGAACCAGUGACGUCCACGACGAGGUGACAGCGUCAUAAUGAUGUUGAUGAUAAAGAUGAUGUUGAUAAUGACGAUGAUGAUGAUGAUGAUGAUGAUAAUGAUGAUAAUGAUUAUGAUGAUGAUGAUGAUGAUGAUUGUGGAGAUGA